GUUCGUCGUGAAGCCCGCCUCCGUCAUCGUCGUCGUCGGCAGUGACAGAGGGUACCGUCGUCGUCGUCCUCGAUCCUCUUUUCCUCCACGUCACGCGAACGGUUGCUCGAUCCUUUUCAAGCGCGUCCUCUCCUCCGUUAAUCUCUGCCCGGAGCCUCGCCGUGGAAUCUCUGCUCGGGGCCUCGCCAUCGCAAACUGAUCCGCUUCCGAGCUCACUUUGUCACCGCCGUUCCUCCCUCGCCGUAUCUCCGGUGAACGGACUGGCGAAGAAGCAGGUGUCACAACGAAAGGUGACAUCGACUGACAAAGAGGAAGGAAGUUGUUUUCACGAGUCACGACUGGCAGUGGCGACGCCGAUUAGAACGCGGGCAGAUUUGACGAUGAGAAAUUGAGAAUUUAGAGCUCCUUCCACUUCGAUUCGGUUACCUAAUUUAACUAAUUUCUCCGUACAUAACUCCGUUUCCAUUUUACGGCGUUUACCACCAUGGAAGCCACCGACGACGCAGAAUCCCCCACACCGAUUGCCUCCCCAAAGUUAGCGGGAACUGUUAACUGGGGUACAACAACUGUUAUUGGAAUAUUUGCUGGCAUGUUAUACGGCGGUAGCAAGGAGGCAGCUGCUUCUGUUAGCAAGGACGCAGAAGUGACAUUGAAGCUUGGGAGUACAGAAGACAAACGUGAGCAAUAUCGUUUGAUGAGAGAUGCUAUGGAGAAACGGUUCAUUAGGGUUACACGGGGCUCAAUAGUUGGAGGAGUAUGCCUUGGAAUGUUCACUGCUGCAUUUUAUGGCUUACAAAAUCUACUUGCAGAGCAGCGAGGUGUGCAUGAUGUUUUUAAUGUUGUUGGUGCUGGUUCAGCUACUGCUUCAGCUUUUGGUUUAAUAUUGCCAGGAUCACUACGUUGGCGAGCUAGGAACAUGAUGCUAGGAUCAGUUUUGGGAGCAACAUUUUGCUUUCCUCUUGGUUGGCUCCAUUUGAAGCUGAUAGAAAAAGCUAAUGAAGGGAAUCAAGCUGCAAAUGAAAACUUAGAUAAGAGAGACAUAAAAAGUGGUGUUAGUGCUGCAAUCGAAAGGCUUGAAAGCAAUUUACACAAAUGAAAGCUAUUUGGCUACACAGAGGCAUGCCUUCUUGUUUCUAUUUUUCAGGGUGGUCAAGUAAUCAUGCAAUGGAGGAUGUGACACCACUGGGAAUGGCAUUGAUAUCCGCUUAAUAGGAGAAAAAGUUGUAUUAAUUAAAUAAUUUCGUUGACCAAGUUGAGUCACAGUUCUUCCAUAUGAAAUUAUGAUGCUAUUAUUAGCUUAUUAUGUUUUUAGUCUUGUUAUUAUGACUUACUAGUGGUGUAAAACCCGCGCUGGCCAAAUAUUGAUCUAUUAUAAAAAUUUAUUGUUAUAUA